GCGCCUCGUCACCGUGUCGUUCUAGCCCACGAUCUCUACUCGUUGGCUGUCGGACGCAGCGCGUCAUCGUCAGCCACAACAAGCGGGCCCGGAUUACGCGUUUCCCCGCCGCCCGAGUGUGUGGAGAUUUCCCCCCCGGUGCGUCACGUGACCGAACACCGCCAACAUGCCGCGGAUUAUGAUAAAAGGCGGGGUGUGGAGGAACACCGAGGAUGAAAUUCUUAAAGCUGCGGUUAUGAAAUAUGGCAAAAACCAAUGGUCUCGAAUCGCGUCAUUGCUGCACAGGAAGUCAGCCAAGCAGUGCAAAGCCCGAUGGUACGAAUGGCUGGACCCGAGUAUAAAGAAGACAGAAUGGUCUCGUGAGGAGGAAGAGAAGCUGCUGCACUUGGCCAAGCUGAUGCCUACACAAUGGAGGACUAUCGCCCCAAUCAUCGGUCGCACAGCGGCUCAGUGUCUGGAACAUUACGAAUACUUAUUAGAUAAAGCGGCACAGAGAGAUAAUGAAGAGGAGACUGCAGAUGACCCCAGGAAGCUUAAACCUGGAGAAAUCGACCCGAAUCCCGAAACAAAACCUGCCAGGCCAGACCCGGUGGACAUGGAUGAAGACGAGCUGGAGAUGUUGUCUGAAGCCAGAGCGCGUCUUGCCAACACUCAGGGUAAGAAGGCCAAGAGGAAAGCUAGAGAGAAGCAGCUGGAGGAGGCCAGGCGUCUGGCGGCUCUUCAGAAGCGGCGGGAGCUGCGAGCGGCGGGGAUCGACAUUCAGAAGAAAAGGAAGAAGAAGCGGGGUGUGGAUUACAAUGCCGAGAUCCCCUUUGAGAAGAAGCCGGCGUCCGGAUUCUACGAUACCUCGGAAGAGAACUACGACGCUCUGAACGCGGACUUCAGAAAGCUGCGUCAGCAGGACCUGGAUGGGGAGCUGAGAUCUGAGAAAGAAGCAAAAGAGAGGAAGAAGGACAAGCAGAACAUAAAAAGGAAGAAGGAGUCUGAUCUGCCCGCUGCCAUCCUGCAGACGACCGGUGGGGUGUCUGAGCUGACGAAGAAGAGAAGCAAAUUAGUUCUCCCGUCUCCCCAGAUAUCGGACGCAGAGCUGGAGGAAGUAGUGAAGGUUGGCCAGGCCAGCGAGCUCGCCCGCCAGACAGCAGAGGAAUCUGGAAUCACAAACUCCGCAUCCAGCACGUUGCUUUCUGAAUACACUGUUGCUAAUAACAGCAUCGCCCUGAGGACGCCCAAAACUCCUGCCGCACAGGACCGCAUCCUGCAGGAAGCACAGAACUUGAUGGCACUUACAAAUGUCGAUACCCCUUUAAAAGGUGGGCUUAACACGCCCCUCCACGAAAGUGAUUUCUCAGGGGUCACUCCGCAGCGACAAGUGGUGCAGACCCCUAACACUGUGCUGUCCACACCAUUCAGAACGCCCUCUCAGAGCUCAGAGGGUUUAACCCCUCGUGGUGCCAUGACUCCGAAGCCGGUUAUUGGCGCCACACCAGGCCGGACGCCGCUGCGAGACAAGCUGAACAUUAACCCAGAGGACGGAUCGGUGGAUUAUAAUGACCCGGCUUACAUAAAGCAAUUGGAAAGAGAAUCGCGAGAACAGCUCCGCCUCGGUUUAUUGUCUCUACCCACCCCAAAGAACGACUUUGAGAUUGUCCUGCCAGAAAACGCUGAGAAGGAACUGGAGGAGCACGACAAUGAAGAGACCUCUGUAGAAGAUGCUGCAGACGUCGAGGCUUGCAAACAGGCGAUAAGAGAUGCUCAGCGGGCAAAAGAGUUAAAACAGAGGCACCGGGCAGUGCAGAGGGUAUUACCCAGACCCUCAGAGGUCAAUGAAACUAUACUGCGACCUGUGACUGUGGAACCACCGCUGACGGAUCUGCAGAACGCAGAAGAGAUGAUCAAAAGGGAAAUGAUUACAAUGCUUCACUUUGACUCUCUCCAUCAUCCAUACGGUGACAAUACAGCCAACAAGAAAGGGAAGCUGCCCGGCUCGGUCCCAACCAGUACUGAGCAUGCGGCCUUCUUGGAACAGAACCCGUAUGAAAAACUGACAGAAGACGAGCUGAAAUAUGCAGAGGAUCUGCUGAAGCAAGAGAUGGAGGUGGUCAAGCAAGGUAUGGGGCACGGAGACCUCUCUCUGGACGCCUACAAUCAGGUGUGGGAGGAAUGUUACAGCCAAGUGUUGUAUCUGCCUGGACAAGGACGUUACACCCGAGCCAACUUGGCAAGCAAGAAGGACAGGAUAGAGUCUCUGGAGAAGAGACUAGAGAUUAACCGGGCUCACAUGACCGCAGAAGCCAAAAGAGCAGCCAAGAUGGAGAAGAAACUAAAAAUUUUACUUGGAGGUUAUCAGUCUCGAGCCAUGGGACUUAUUAAACAGGUGAAUGAGGUCUGGGACCAGUACGAGCAGGCCAACUUGGAGUUCAAGACAUUUGAAGAGCUGAAGAAGCAUGAGGAUAUCGCCAUCCCAAGGCGGAUAGAGUUCCUGAAAGAAGACGUUCAGCGGCAAGAGGAGAGAGAAAGGGAACUUCAGCAGAGAUUUGCAGAACUUCUUCUGGAGAAGGAAGGCCCUGUGCCCAAAUACUAGGAGCAUGUGAGGCUCAGCCAGACGUCGGCCAUUGUUUGCAUGUCCAGCUCCCGCUCCCUGCGAUCGGUGAAGACCUGAACCACAUCCCGCCGCUACAGUGUGUCCCGCUGCGCCCCGAAGAGCGUUCCGUCUCGUGUGGGGAGCCGUGCUUGAGUACCUCAUAAAAGCCUAAACCCUUUUUAUUUGCGGUAAAGCGAUCAGACGGAUCUGGUUUAAAGACUGUCCCUGAAAUGAAUAAAGCAGAGAAGAUGAUAUAUUUUUAUUUUGUGACGUCCGGAGUCCCUUUCGUUUCAUCGGCUCAUAAACAGAUGGGCUGCAGUCAAGUGAUACUUUCCAUUCGGUGUCGCGGUUUUAUUAGCUGUACAUGUUUUCUUUGGUUCUUUUUUUAUUAUUAUUUUUACAGAAGU